AUGGCCGACGCCGCUGAGAAAGGACCAUCGAAGCGGGCGCUUGAAAAGGAGGCCAAAAAGGCGGCAGCAAAGGCAGCCAAAGCAGCAGCGAAGGCUAACAAUGCUCCCACAGAGAACAAGCCCAAAGAAGCUGUCGAUCCGUUCAAGACGGGCUGGUUGAAGGGCGUCUACAACGAGAAGCCAGUCGCAGACGUACAAACACGAUUUCCACCAGAACCAAAUGGCUAUCUUCACAUUGGUCACGCGAAGGCGAUCACAGUCAACUUCGGCUUCGCAAAGUCGUAUGGAGGAAAGUGCAAUCUCCGUUUCGACGACACGAACCCUGCGAAGGAGGAGGAGCAGUUCUUCACAAGCAUAAAGGAUAUGGUCAGUUGGCUUGGCUUCGAACCCGCCCGGAUUACUCACUCAUCCGAUGACUUCGAUCGCUUGUACGAAUUGGCAGAAGAGCUUAUCAGGCGCGGUAAGGCGUACGUGUGUUUCUGUUCCGCCGAGGCAGUAAAAGCUGGCAGAGGUGGCAAGGAACAUGGCCCUCGAAGCGUAUGUGAGCAUUGGUCGCACACGCCCGAGAAGAAUCUCGAGGAGUUUCGGGCGAUGAGAGACAACAAAUACGACGCAGGCGUAGCUGUUCUACGGAUGAAGCAGUAUCUUGGCACAAAGUCGGAAGAGUAUGAGGUGAACGAGGACGACACGCCUGAGAUCAAGAAGGAGAAAGCCAAGCUGAAAGCGCUCGCGGAUAACCCUGCUCUGUGGGAUGUUGCGGCAUAUCGAAUCAAGAAGGAGAACUACCACCACAGGACCGGCGACAAGUGGAGGAUAUAUCCCACCUACGAGUUUACACACUGUCUAUGCGAUUCGUUCGAGGGUAUCACCCACAGUCUGUGUACAGCCGAAUUCGAGACACUCCGCCCUGCAUACAAUUGGCUGCUCGAAGCACUGGACCACAAGCUACCUGGGAGCGACGAAAAGGGUCCGAUGCAGAGAGAAUACGGCAGGCUCAAUGUGGAAGGGACCAUUCUCUCCAAACGAAGAAUCGCGAUGCUUGUCAACGGCGCCACUGUUGGAGACGAGAAGCCUGAUCCGGUCGACGAAGCCGCUGAAGGAGUGGACGGGAUAAAGCUCGAAGAAGAGGGUGACGAGGAACCGGAAACGACGGCGGAAGCAGCAAAGGCUGUGACCAACGGCGCUGGUAGGAAGAUCCCGCCUGUCGUGCGUGACUGGAACGACCCGCGCCUAUUCACGCUCGUAGCGCUCCGACGCCGUGGCGUGCCACCAGGCGCACUCAAGAAGUUUGUACUGGAUCUAGGUGUGACGAAGGCGAAUGCAAAUACCAUGACUCACAGUCUCGACUCGACGAUACGGACCUAUCUCGAGCGCACAGUGCCCCGGCUGAUGCUUGUUCUGGAUCCUAUCAAGGUGGUUUUCGAUAACUUGCCUGAUGACUACAUCGAGGAGCGAGAAGUUCCCUUCGACCCUAAGGAUGCCGAGAAGGGCACACAUAAGGUGCCCUUCACAAAGAUCAUAUACAUCGACAGAGACGACUUUCGCGAGGUGGACGACCCCGAUUUCUUCCGUCUGUCACCUGGCCAGAGUGUCGGUUUGUUAAAUGCGGAACACCCGAUCAAGUGCAUUUCCUUCACAAAGGACGACAAGACCGGCAAGGUCAACGAGAUCCGCGCCGAGUAUGGCCAGGAAGUCAAGCUCGGGAAAGCCCGUAUCCACUGGGUCGGUGAGUCCGCCUUGCACAAGUCGCCGAUCAAAGCAGAAUGUCGCAUCUUCAACGCACUCUUCAAGACGAGCAAGCCAAAUGAGCUGGACUGGAAGAACGGCGGCUAUUACGAAGACGUCAACCCAGAGAGUGAAGUCGUCUUUCCCAAUGCCAUGGUCGAAUGUGGCUUCCUCGAGAUCAAGGUCAAGGCGCCUUGGCCAAAGACGGAAGGUGAGUCGGACUCACGCACUGCCGACAAGAGCAGUGUGCGAUUCCAAGGCCUGCGGACCGCGUUCUUUGCGGAGGAUAGCGACUCCACGGCGGACAAGGUGAUUCUGAAUCGCAUCGUCAGUCUGAAGGAGGACACCGGGAAGAAGUAG